AGCCUUCUGGAAAACAAGUCUGGUGUUGACUGUGAUACGCUCAGAUUGUGAACAUUUCUUCCUCAGUCGGUAACAAGUGAAACAAGUGGGCUUUGGUUUUUGCUUUCGGGGACUUUUCUGAAUCGGAUCACUUCAGAAAUUGUGAAUCCUGCAGAGAUGACGCUGCACUUUUAGUGUUGUUUUGGUUCUUGUUAAAUCAUCAUUUCCUAUAAAAACUAAUGUAAUGAAAGCUUUUUUUCUUCAGGCCAGACUACGAGCACCGAGCGCUGCAGCAGCAACAACAACAAGCAGAAGCCGGCUGAGGUUUUGUCGCUCUGCAGGCUUCAUUAGAAAGCAGCUGUGCAUCGACUUGAAGCUUCCUUCUGCCUUCACAGUGUGUGAUUGUGAAACAAGAAGGUGUGAAGAGAGGAGGGCAGCGAGUCUUCACAUAUGAGGAACCAUGCAGAUCCCGUCACAUAUGCAGCUAGCCGGUCCUGCCUGGUGUUUCCCUACCUGCAUGGUGGCCGGGGGGCUGUUACGGUGGUCCUCGGUGCCAUUGGGCUGCCUCUCGUCCCACAGAACAGUUGCACCACCUUCAAAAGGAUCAAACACGUUGGAAUGAACAAAACUGAAGCACUCAUGCACGUCCCCACGGUCAGAUAAAGAGGGCUGGGCUUCUCCUUUAACCGGCCGAGCCUUCAGACGUCUGACCUCAGACCUCGGCUCUGGUCGGCCUCGGAGGUUGUGUCAUCGCCCACCAUGAUCCUCUACCUGCCCUUCGCCGCUCUCAUCCUCGUGUCUCGCGUCGCAUGUGACGCUUCAGGUAUUGUGGAUUUACAAGCGCUCAACGUCACAGAGAGGAAUCAAACAUUCACGUUGUCCCAAGACGUCAACAAUACAACAAAACCAAACAACGCGACGUCCAGUUUGUUUGCAGACAACAAGACUCGGAUUGAGGAUGAGCUGGAACGCAACGGGACGUCUGCAAUCACAGAGGAGGACGAGGGUUUCCAGGAGCAGGAAAAUGAGUUCCCAAGCCGACACUGUGAUCAGUACCAGCUGGUCCAUUUCAGUCACAACUAUUGUGGAGAAAAUUUUCACCAGGAAAUGAAGGCAAUCAGCAGCGAAGAGUGGUGCAUCCUGGAGAACGUCAUCAGCCCGUACAAUGACUUGACAGUAUGCUUGGAACACGUGUCUUUUCUCGUCGGCUGCUACUUCCCGAACCGCGACAUCCAGGACUUCUUCCUCUACAUCCACUCCAGCUACUUCCAGAACUGCAGCAGAGGUGGAGGAGGAGGAGGAGAGGAGUUCCCGGAGGACGCUCCCCAUGGCCUGGUGGUCGUCCUCACCGUCGUCCCCGUCAGCUUCGUGCCCGUCCUCGUCUAUCUGCUGGUGUGGAAGAGUAAAGGCCGGGUUUAGUCGCCGACCUCAGCGCCGAACACGUAGAUCAGAAUAUUGUCUCAGGAGGUUAAAACAUUUCUACACGUCUUAGUGACACGAGCACAGGUUUAGUGUGAGAACAUUAAAUAGAACUUUGUACCUGUUU